GUAUGAAGAUGACGCACGUGAUGUGAGAUGUCUCAUGUUAGCCACCAUGACCCCAGAGCUCCAAAUUAAAGGCUCCACAAGGACAUGGAAGCUCAUCCUAUGAUGACUCGCUUGAAAGGUCUAUACAAGGCCAGGCUAGACAUGAGCAUUUCAAAAUCUCUACGACACUGUUUUUCCAGUAAGCUGGCAACGGGUAACCCAGUUGGACCCCACAUUCUCAAGAUGAUCGGUCAGAUCAAAACCCUUGAAAAACUGGACGCCCUGUUGCACCCUAUGCUGGCAACUGAUCUCAUCUUGGGAUCAUUACCAGCUGAGUAUAGUCAAACUAUAGUGAACUUCUACAUGAAUAAACUAGAGAUGACUAUGCCAGAGCUACUGAAAUUCCUCACAACUGCUGAGGAGAGUCUAGGGAAGGGCAAGGGUAAGUCUGUCUUGAUGGUAGAGGGCAGUACUGUUACGAAGAAGAGUGGCCCACGUUUGCCGGCCAGGACCAAGCGCAAGGGUUCUAAGCAACCCAAGCCAGCGUCCAACUCCUCUUCGUUGAAACCAAAGAAGGAGCUAAGAAGAAGUCUGCUGUAUGCUAUUAUUGUGGCAAAAGGGCCAUUGGAGGCGCAACUGUGCAAAAUUACUGACAGAGAGGAAAGAGGGAAAGAAACCUCAAACCUCAGGAUCUGCAUGAACGUACGUAGACAAUUGACGGAUGGAGAGAUACAACUAAAAGUCGGCAAUGGUGCACUCGUAAAUGCAUUAGCCGUCGGAACCUAUAGUUUAUCUCUACCUAGUGGUCUUGUAUUACAGCUCCAUUCACCGGUCACGGUGAAAGGGCGAGUGACUUAUUGGGCCUCAUACACUCCGAUGCAUGUGGUCCAAUUAGCAAGGUAACAUUUAAAUUAUUAGGAAAAAUUACUCAAAAUAAUCCCAACUUUACCCUGUCUUUCAAAAAUAAACCCACCUUUCACUGUGAUGCAUAAUAAUUCCAACUUUAUUGAAAUUUGCCAAUUUUGGGUCGCCGUUAAAUUUCUAACGAAGAGUUAACAAAAAUGCCCAUUUUAGACAACAAAAUGAAAGUUGGGAUUAUUU